CCCGACGGCCCCUCCCUCCAUCUCUCUCACACUCACCUCUCUCUCUCUCUCUGACACAAACACCGAGGGAGUAGUGACUACUACUGUCCUCAGACCUGUUGUGGACUUGUGGCACUGACUGGCUGAGUUUGAUCUCCCUUGACCACAGAAUCCUAUGUAUAUAGCUCGUUCCCUCUUUGUCUUUAAACAUAGCCGAAACAGUAAGUUCCAUGACCAGUUAUUCCAACUAUUCUACGUAUAGCUGAAGCAGCCAGAAGAGUUCCUGAGGGUAGCAUGAUGCCAUCCAUGGCGGAUCCUACUGUCGAGGCUCCGAAUGCUGAAGCCAACAGGAGGCAAUAACCUGCAGGUUGCAUACUCUCAUGUGCUUUGCUCUCAGCCCCUUCAGUUCACUGCUUUUGUGUGGGUUGGGGACUGUUUCCUCUGACGGGGACACGGCCGCGGCGAUGGAUAUGAGGCACAGAAUCCGCAGUCUUUGAAGGUGAUAGGGACCUGGGAACUCCAAGCUGCUCUUAAGCAAUGUAUGGGGGUGCUCUCCGGAGGCAGCUCCCGCAUCCAGCGUUUCCCUUCGUAUUAUGCUCUGCGAACAUUUGACCGAGCAUGGGAGUGCAGGAGGUAUCACCAGCAGAUAAAGGAACCGGGCCAGAAUGAUAGAGUAGCCAUACUGGUUCAUCUGCUGGCUUUGCAUAAUACCCGAACAUGGAUGGCAAAUCAGGGAACAUAGUGCAGAGUCUGCCUGAUACGCUGUCAUCCCUCAUGGGGCUCAACAAGUACCUCGCACCCAGAACCAGCUAUAUCGAAUCGGUGUCUCACAUCAUCGAGGAGUUGUCACCAACCAAACCGAAGAUGAAAGUAAUGGUUCACACGGCUCAAAAUAUUUGUUCUGAUGAUACAGAUUCAGAUGCUGAAGCUGCAAAGGUUCAAGAGGAACUGGUUUUGCUGGAUGGUAAACUAAAGCAGAUAACGCUGCAGAGGAGGCAGUCACUAAAUAACUAUUUGGAUCUGAAAGGGAAUAUAAGGGUGUUCUGUCGUGUGAGGCCUUUUCACCAUGAAGAAAAUUAUCAAUCCAGAACUCUGUACACCCUGGAUGAGAGUAAUAUAUUCCUAAAAGUUGCUGAGACCAAGAUAAAGCAAUACAAGUUUGACAAGGUUUUCAACCAAUGCUCAACACAAGGUGAUGUAUUUGCUGAAGUGGAACCAGUGAUAAAAUCAGCUUUAGAUGGCUAUAAUGUUUGUAUAUUUGCCUAUGGUCAGACAGGUAGUGGAAAAACUUAUACCAUGGAAGGCAAGCCUACAGAUCUAGGUGUCAUACCACGUGGGAUUCAAGCACUGUUUGAUCGAACUUCAGAGAGCAACAGAAGGUUUCUGUUCACUUUCAGUAUGCUCGAGAUAUAUAUGGGAAAUUUGCGAGACCUGCUAGUUCCAAGAGGCAAGGCACAAGGUUUUAAGAAGGUACCAAGCCUUUCCAUUAAAACAGAUCCAGAUGGCGGCAUCGAGAUUGAAAACCUAGUGGCAGUUACUGUCAGUAGUUUUCAUGAAGUGAAAAGACUAUAUGAAGUGGGGACCCACUUUAGAUCAACAGCUUCCACUAUGGCUAAUUCUACAUCAAGCAGAUCUCACUGUUUGAUUCGUAUUUCAUUGACCUCAUUUGACGCACCAGAGAGGAAAAGAGCAAGAAACAAAUUAUGGAUGAUUGAUCUAGGUGGAAGUGAAAGGCUUGUAAAGACAAAGGCAACUGGGAAAAGGCUCAAGGAAGGCAAAGCCAUAAAUCUGUCGCUGUCAGCCCUAGCGGAUGUCAUAGAUGCACUACAGACCAAAAAAUCCCACAUCCCUUAUAGGAAUAGCAAGCUCACACAAAUUCUUAAAGAUUCUAUAGGAUGUGAGUCCAAAACGCUUAUGCUUGUUCAUAUCCGUCCAAAUGAGGAUGAUUUGUGUGAGAGCAUCUGUACCUUGGGUUUUGCGACAAGAGUCAGAAGUAUUCGCCUGGAAAAUGAAGAACCACAAGAAGUAAAAGCAAGAAAGGAACAUUUAUUAAUGGAAUUAGAAAAGGAGAUCAGUGAUCUAGAACAAGAAUGUGAAGGUAUUGUUAGAAAGAUUAAGAAGCUCAAGGAGACAAUGGAGCAUUUUAAAGGGCAUCAGCCAUCUGCUGAAGCAAAUUUUGACAUUUCACAUCCAUCCAGUGAAGAGCUGAAAACUGUCAUGCCAAAGAAUACAAAGGAUUCAAAGAAUCGGAGAGAUGUUUCUUCCAGGUUACCCAGGUUUAUGAAGCCAACAGCGUCUAGCCAGCACAGGAUAGACUUAAAUAAACAAAUACCUGUUAGUAACAAGACAAAACCACCAGUGCCACCAAAGAGAAGGCCUUCCUCAGUUUAUGCUGAGUCUGUAAGGCUGCCAGUAAAUGCUGCAACUUGGCAGUCAGAAUGUAGUUCUGAAUGCAGUAUCUCCAUGACAAGUGACAUGAACUGGAUACCAAGUAUACAAGAUGGGACAGAAUGCAGCCAGGAUACAUCAGAAUAUGAGACCAAACAAGUGAUUUUCUCAGAACAUGAGAAACCACCUCAGAGUCAAGUGAUUUCAUUUGAAGAAUCAGGGGAGAUGCAGGAUAAAACCAAGGAAAUGGGCAUCAUAGACAUUGACAGCUGGAUUCAUCAACAGAUCAUUGAAAACACUGGCAUAUGUCAGUGUCACACUGAAAGGACGCUAGAUGUUAUUGAAGUAAAUGAAUAUGAAACUUACAAUUCUAAUACUGCUUCACCAGUUCAGAAGGAAUUUACUAAUGGUUCCAAACCCUCACUGGAUGAAGAUAGCAACCUGAACCUUUGUCCCCCCACGCAAAACACAGAAGAUAGCAAGGAAACCAGGGCUGUUAAUCAAUUCACAAAAACAGAAUUAUACACUCCUCCAUUAAAAGAACUUUGCGGCAGUGCCAAAAUUAAGGAACAUAAGAAUGAAAAGCUUGGGCGUCAUGGAAGUUGCAGAAGAUCACUGCAGGAAGAGCUCGGCAAUUGCAAGCCAGAGCAGCCAGACAAGGAACCAAAAGCUGAUCCAAACAUGCAACCUGAAAUUGAAUUCCAUGACAACAAACACCAUAUAGGUAAGUUGACAAAAUUCAUUCAAGCUCUUCGAACAGCAUGGAUUGGUGCUCUUCUUGGACUAGGCACCAUGAACCUUGGAUUAGAGCAAGACUUCUUCAAGAGCUUAACACUCUGAUUUAACUAGAACUUCACCAUUUCAAAAGGAUUUAACGAAGCUGUAUACAGUUUCAGUAAGAGUAUCUACUUCAGGAAUCAAUGGGCACUGUAUAUAUAAGGCUGCAAUGAAAUGUAAGCUGCCAAUAUGCCAGUGGCAGAUGAAUUGCUAGUCUGAAAUGGUUUCUUUGGUUAUAAAUGGAUAGUUUCAAGACAAGUGGGAAAAUGGGAAGAAAUGUGAUAUAUGACAAAUUUUGAAUUAACAUUAUCAAUUUAUCAUAAAUGAUAAAUGAUUGUUACAGUAUGCAGAGAAGCUAUUGCAAUAUCUGAACUGAGGGAGAGUUAUUUACAUCUCCAGGCCAUUUCAGUCGAUUGAGCACUAUAUAUGCCAAACAUAACAUGUCACAGCAAUGACUCUUACUAUGAUAUCUUUCAUAUAGCAACUUUUGAGCUAAAGCUGUAAAGUAGUGGCGUAUUUUCUUCCAAAUAUAUGCAAAAGGAGAAGCAUGUAGACUGGGGUGCCAACCAUAAGUUUAUAUCAAGUCACGAGGCCCUGCAGCUGAUUUUCAUACCUGUAAGGUCCAUAUACUUCAAUAAAAUUAAAUCUUUUGUUCAAAA